CGCCUGCUUAACGUUUUCCCACUUUUUACCUCGUCUACAUUUGCCUUUACGACAACCAGUCCGUUCCUUUAUUCCUUCCUAUCAUUCACCCUCCAAUCACCCACAAAAUGCUCCAUUCUCUCGCCAUUGUUUCUCUACUCGGCCCUGUCGUGCUCGCUCUUUCGGUUGCGAACGUGAGCCCGACAUGCGGUAGUUUCUUGAACUCGCUUGAUGCCGACGACUCCUUGAAAGACUGCACUUCAAGCUUAGCCAAUGCGACAGCAGCAUAUGGCGCCGCGAAGGACAACAGUAAACCCAUCACCAAGGACAGUAUCACAAGCACCCUCGACUCGAUCUGCAAGCCCAACGUCGGUUGCUCAGAUACCGUGAUGAAAGCCAAACUCUCCCAAUUCUACGCUAAUUGCGGUCCGGAGUUGACGACGAAUAAUAACAACGAUGUCAUUGAGCUGUACGAUACCGUCUACAGCUAUAUCCCGUUAAAGCAGUCGAUAUGCACCAAGGACGACAGUGGCACGUACUGUGUCCUGAAAACUUCUAACGUUGUCCAGUCUCAGCCAACAGUGUUGACCAAACUUCAACAGUACCUCUGGAACACGGGCCCGAGCGCCCUGUCCAAGCGGGCUGACUCUGCCGCCCCUAAUAUGUCGACCCUUUCCACAACCAACACUGCCUUCCUUUUACUCUCCGCCUCGCUCGACUACAACACUCUCUGCACAUCGUGCACUCGUAACAUCAUGACCAAGUACAUGUCAUGGCAGUCCGACUCGCUCUAUGCCCCUGGCUUGCAAGCCAGUCUGCUUCUCAGCGGAGAGACCACGCUCUACGAGGGCAUCACAAAGACCUGCGGUCCUCAGUUCAUGUCGUCGAGCGUCCAAGCUGCUGGUGGUCUGGGCAAGGGUUCAAGCUCAAGUAAUGGCUCGUUGAAGACCUUCGGUCUCGAUCUCCUCGCCGUUUCCAUCAGCGUUGUUACCAUGGCCUUCGCUACCACUCUUUAAAGGUUCAUCUUACCACUCACGAUCUACUCCUCCCUACCAGCAGACGAGGCGGUGGGGAGGGUAGUCGUGACGUUUUUUUAUUUGUUUACGUAUUCAUAGAUGGGGUUUCUAUUAUUUAAAUCGUAUCAAAUCUUUUUUUUCUACUUGAUGGAUAUACCCACGGAGUGGUCAUAGUACCUUGGGCAAUGGGCACAUUCAUGGUCUUGUAGUAUCUUAAUUUUUCCUCAGCUUUCCCUUUCGGCGCAAAGGUUGUUUGUCACUACUGCAAGGAAUUUUUGAAUGUGUUCUUGUUUCACAUUCUGUGCUCUGUAACUCUCAGCCUUAAUGUCAGCCUUUACGUUUCCUGGAGAUAGGCACGACAACUUACAAAACCGUUCACUUGGCGUUCACCUGGAUGCCUUACCGUGCGCUCGACCCGGGUAGAGUUUAGCUGCUACCUCACUUU